AUGGGGUCCGACGACUAUGCUGCUGUUGGUGGUGGUGGCGCCUUGAAACUCAAAGGCGCCAAAAUCAACAAGAAAAAGAAGAAGCGCGACAAGACCGAUCUAGAGAAGAACCUCGAUACAGGAAGCAAGGACGAAGAGACGAGGAGGAAGAAGAAGAAGGACACAGCGGAUAACGAAGAUGAUGAGCGUCGCCAUGAACAUGAUGAUGAGAAGCCCGAAGUGCAGAAAACAGAGUCCCAGAAGCGUCAUGAGGAGAUCAAGAAGAAGAGGCUCCUCCAACUCGCCGAAUCAUCUGGUUCGCGACCUGAGCUCCUCAAGACCCACAAGGAGCGUGUUGAGGAACUUAACACAUACUUGUCAAAACUGAGCGAGCACCACGAUAUGCCCAGGAUUGGACCUGGCUAACAAGGCACCGAGACGGGAAUUUAUAUUGGCAGCGAGAAGGAUGUAUGCAGUUGUGUGGAAGUUACUGGCGUUCAUUGGUUAUACCCUCAAACCUUAGCAAUUAAUCAAUCAUUGACAAAUUAUAUUCG